GCAGGUUUGUGGCGAUCAAUCGACGAGGUAAGUGAUCCUGCAGAUCAGCAACCAAUCGAAUUAGCUUUUGAGAAUGGAUUCAUCGGAAAAUCCCGAGCUGUUUUCCAACUCGGCGCAAGGAAGUGAAUCUGAGAGAGCGGACGGAGCUAUCAAGUCGAAAAGUUCGCCGCCUGUGACAGGCAAAAAAACCCUGCACGAAGACAAAGAAGACUUUUACAACAUGCACCACGCAAGACGCGGAAGAGCGGUCAUUUUCAACCAGAUGAACUUCAAAAAUGACACAAAACUGUUCAGAGAGGGAAGCGACGUAGACGAGAACAAUUUGAAACGGGCAUUUGAGAAAAACGGUUUUGAAGCCAUUGUCUUCCGCGAUUGUAACAAAGAGGAAAUUGAUUGCUUUUUUGACAAAUACAGAACCGAUCCGAAUCUCACCGAUGAAGACUGUUUGGUAAUUUGCUAUCUCUCACACGGAGUGGAAAACGAAAAACUGUACACGGUCAAAGAGGGUGAAUUUAUCACGGUACAAGAGCUCCUAGAUCCUUUCACGGCAGAAAGGUGUCCUCAAAUGGCAGGCAAGCCGAAAUUAGUGUUCGUCCAGGCAUGCAAAGGGCAAAAGAUUGACAAGGGAAGCAAGAUUCAGGUUGACGGGAUAGGAAAAUUACGGAAUUAUGAGCAGAAAACAUUUAACCAACAAAGCUUCACAAUCCCGAACAACGCAGAUUUCUUUGUAGCGUACUCAACCUGCGAAGGUUACGCGUCCCUGCGGGACACGAAUGACGGGAGCUGGUUCGUUCAAUGUCUUUGCAAGCAACUGGAGAAAGAGGAAACGCAGAGCAUGAGCAUUUUCCAGUGGAUGACCAAAGUGAACCGCAUGGUCGCGAUGGAACAAGCCGAUAACGUUCCCUUAAUGCUAGGGGCUGACCAGGUGAUUCUUGAAAGGGUCAAGCAAUGCUCGGCGUUCACCUCUCGACUGACAAAGGAUUUGAUUCUUGCACCGAAAGUCACCCGUAGAAAUUAACUUUUUACCAAUAAAAACCGGUUCUUCCUGUUUACAUGAUUAUAAUGGCAGCAAAUCAGAAAACGUUAAUCUUAACUAAUUAUACUAGAUUAUUUUUUAACUUUAUAAAGACCUCGUUUGUUCGGGUUGUUCAUACAUUUUAACAUACUCAUGAGGUUAUGCUAGGCUUAAAUCUAAGUAUUUAUUUUUUAACUUGACUCGCUAUACAUAAUAAUUUACAAGUAGUGGUUAAUGGUUUCAAGAAAUUUGGUAAUGAUAAUAAAAUUGAAUUUUUCACUUU